AUGGCCGGCGGCGCAUUGAAUCUACCAAAAUGGCUGAAAGAAAAUUCCCAUCUCUUGCAACCUCCCGUCAACAACUAUUGCGUCUACCAUCCGUCCAACCCCGCCACAAGUGGACUGACGGUCAUGGUUGUUGGAGGACCGAAUGCGCGGACAGAUUACCAUAUCAACACCACCCCGGAGUUCUUCUACCAGCAUAAGGGCUCCAUGUUGCUCAAGACAAUGGACACCUCGACGGACCCUCACACGCCCGUCGACAUCCCCAUCUACGAGAACUCGCUGUACUUGUUGCCAGCCAACACUCCUCACAAUCCUGUCAGAUUUGCAGACACAGUUGGGAUUGUGUUGGAGCAGCCGCGGCCUGAGGAAUCAGUCGAUACAAUGAGGUGGUAUUGCAAAACAUGUCAUCGUAUUGUACACCAGGCGAGUUUCCAUCUGACGGAUCUCGGGACUCAGAUCAAAGAAGGAGUCCUCGCCUUUGAAAAUGAUAUGGAAGCCAGGACGUGUAAGAACUGCGGGACAGUCGCCUCUUCCCGACCCGCAGAAGGGGAGAUACAGCAACCGCCGAGGUUCCCGCCUGAUUGA